AUGCCUUCCUCAGAUCAAACGAUGGCAGAUAAUGGGCAAAAAGGGACCGGUCAGUGGAUGGAGCCAGAGGCCACAGAAAAUAAUGGUCAAGAGAGUCGUACCCAGGAAAUGCUCAGAUCAGGAGCAGCCAGCUCUACACCUGAUGAAAACCACCAGGCGUUAUCAGAGAUUCUGGAUUUGAGCUUGAUGCGCCGCCUGGAUCAUGUCAGCGAGCUAUGUAACAUCCCCCAGCCUGCCACCGCUUAUGAUCACUUAAGGACAUCACUAGUAGAACAUGGGUCAAGGGUAGGAGAGUACCAGAUGGAGACCUUCAAGAGAGUGGCAGUGCCUCUCUGGCCCUUCCCUUGCCCUAAGCCUCAGCGAGGACACACCCGUCAGCCAACUGUGACCUUGCAUUCGGCUGUGAGAAUGCCUCAGGGCAGAGGUUCCAAAACCUUCUCACCGUUUUCUGCGGCCCACGUGGUCGAAAAACUAAACGCAAAUAAAAGCAGUGAGGUCGACGCUGCCAGGAUCGCUGCAGUCGUAGCCUCGGACACCUCCGAAGACCCGACGUCUGUCCAAGGAGAUGAAGUAACACUGUGCACCCCUGAGGAGUGUGAUCCUGUACCCGUGAGCAUCCACCGCAUGCCCAUGGGUGCCAGUUCUGCUUUCUUCCGGCAAGGUACAUAUUUAUUGGGGGAUCCCAAUAAACGAGACGAACGUGUAAUGGAUGGCUUGCUGGUGAUUGCCAUGAACAAGCACCGAGAGAUUUGUACUAUCCAGUCCUGUGGUGGGAGAACGAUGCUGAAACAUCAACUCCUGAGAUACAGUAAAACAGCUGGUGUGAAAGGACUAGAAAUUACAGAGCUAAUACAGAAGGCUUUGGAGAAUGACUGGAAAGUUCAGAAAGAAGGUGGAAGGUUAGGCUUUGCAGGGUCUAGAGGAAAUCAAAGAAUCACAGCAUUUAAAGUGGAAAAGGCCGCUAUUGAUACCUCUAAUGUGGAAGAGAAAGCAGAAGAAAUUAUUGCUGAAGCUGAACCUCCUUCAGAAGUGGUUUCUAAACCUGUGCUUUGGACUUCUGCAACUGCUCAAGUCGGUGAGGGAAUGGAAGACGCCUGGGGUGAUGAUGAAAACUUUGAGAAGGAAGAGGAGAAUGGCGGUGCCGGCCAUGAAGCUAUCAUGCUUAACAGUAUAAAAAGGGACACUGAAGUAGAAGUCUCCAAUGCUAGAAGCCAAGAUGCCCCUGCUGUACUCUCAGAAAAAGAAACGAUCGUUUCAGAACCAGGCAAGAAUCCAAAGAAAAUAAGAACAGAAACCAUCAGUGCAAAACCAGAAAAGCCACCAACUAAAAAGCUAGUGAAAAAGAGAGAAGAGAAGAGACGGGCUAACCGAAGCACGCAUCGUUGUAUAUUUGGUCAUAUAACUAGUAAGAGGAUAUUUAUUCAGUGCUAAGAAAACCACUUAAAUAUGCAUGUCUUCAUGACCUACUGGUCAUUUGAAAAGAAUAACGCAUAUAAGUUGAGAAAUAUCCUUGUUCCUCUGCAACUGUAAUCACUUACUGAUGACAUUUGUGCAUCUGUUGACUUGGUACCUCGCUUGGUACCUCAUUUCGACUUUUGCUCAA